AUGUCUCAGGCAAACAUUGCAUGGUGGGAGCCUGCACACGGAUCAUUCAGGUUUAAUCAUCCAUGGAAACAAUACUUGAAGAUUGGCGGAAUUGCUAGAGAAUGUGCUGGCCAUCUUCAAUCUCUUAGUGGUAACUUAAAAUCCAAGUCUCAGGCACCAACUGAGUUCAAUAGAAGAACAGAAAAAGCAUGCAAAAGAAUGAUAGCUGAAUCUAGUAAAAUCUUAAAAGAGCUUGCAUUCUCCAUCAAAAUUGUGACGAAACUUUCUACCAUUACAACGGAAUCUCACUCGUAUAACGCAAGAACUGCCAUUGCUGAUCUCAAAGAGGCACUUUUUACGUUUAAAACCUUCUUCUUGUUCGAAGAAGCAGACACCAUUGAUGUCAUCGGAGCUAUGUCAGUGGUGUCGAUACUCAUUGACGCCACCAAAUGCAUCGACAAAAUCUCGGAGGCUGUUGAAGAGCUUUCAAUUGUAGCACGUUUCAACGAAGAGGAAAAGAAGGAAAAGAAGAAGAAGGACGAUUCUUCUUCGGCCAAGGCAUUGGAGAAACCACCGCCUUGGCUGUUGGGAUAA